AGUCGAAAGAUAAACAAACAAUUUUAACUGCGUUUCAUUUCACAAAUGAUCAAGAUCAUCAAAAUUCAGAACUUUUCGGUAUACCAGAAAAUCCUGAUGAUGAUACUGGUGUAGAUCAAAUUAGUUAUGAAUACUUUGUGGAUUCACCUGUGUAUGAUAAAAAUCAAUCUUCUUCAAGUGUAAUAAAAUAUAAUGAUGAUUCAAGUAGCAAUAUGAUACAUCCAAGUAAUAUUUUAGCAAAGCUUUUAUUUAAAAAUGAUCUACAUCCGGAUGGACUCGAAGCUUUGAUAUCAAAAUACAUGAAAGUUAAGGGAGAUAAAUCUGAAACUAGUAGUGUGACCAUUCAUACUACUAAGCAACCACUUGUCAAUUAUGAAAAUAGUGAUUCUUGUCUGAGCUAUCAAUCUGAUGCAACUGAUUUUAGUGCAUUAAAUGGUUAUGCUUCAGUCUCUAAGACUCAUGAAAAUGUAUCUGUUGGUAGUAAAAAUACAGGGCAAUCCGAAACAACAAGUGGCAUUGUUGCAGAUGAUGAGUUAGUUUCUAAAAAACCAUCAUGUUAUAGAAGUGUAAGGUUAUUGAAUUUUUUCAGAGUGCCAUGCAAAAGUAAUAGAAAAAUUACUCACUUAUUUCCAUCUAGAGAUGGAAAGUUUCUAGUUGUAAUUUCACAGAAAAUGAAAGAAACUACUAAUGAAUCUAUGGAAGUUGAUGAUAUUGAUUCUUCAUCAUGUCGAGCUGUAGUUAUGUCAAUUGAGGAACAGUCAUCAGAUGUAGUGUGCGUAAGAUCUUUUACAACAGCAGAGAAACCUAUUGAGAUCAAAGUUAUCCCAGCAAGAAGGAGGUCUUCAGGACUGUUGCUGAUCACAUCCGCCGAUGGGCUUGUUAGAUUAUUAGAUAUACAGACAUUAUCUACAAUUGCUUCAACUUCACCAAAUGAUGGCCAAUAUGUCUCUGCAACUUACUGCUAUGGACUGGGUCGCAUAUGUGCUGGCACAGAGAAAGGCUUACUACGAUUCUAUGGGCUCGAAGGGGAGGAUCUUGAUGAAGAUGAAGAAGAAGAUUUAGAAUUGACAUCUAAUUCAGUAUUGGCCAAUGAAGUUAUAGAACUAACUCCUAAGAUUUCUGAUUUUUAUAAAACUAAAUCAACAUGUGAUUCAGAGACUAUCGAGUUCAAUGCGAAUGUUGAAGAUAAUGUAAAAUCAAAAGAUACAUCUAUGAAUGCUCAGGAACGAAAGCAGGAGAGCAAAACACAAUCAAAGACAAGUUCAAGCAAAAUUUUCAGUUCAUCUUUCAAUAAACAAGAUCUUUUAGCAAGCAAGAAGGUUUUGAUGGUAUCAGAUCUGAGGAAUCUGCAUAAGUUGUCAUUAUUUGACGAAGCAUGUUUUCCGUAUGGAGCUACUGUUCCUGCAUGUUGGUGCCGUUUAGUGCAAGCGCAGAAGCAACGCAGGCAACCUCAUCGAGCUAGAUCAGAAGAUAGUCAGCAUGCUUAUGCAUGGAGAUUGCAAAAUGAUGCAACGACUUGGGAUGAACACAUUUUUGAAUUAACGCUGCCAUACUCAUGUAAUCUUGGACAUGUAGAUUUUAAAUUUUCACUUCACUCUCCUUGCCAUGUGGCUCCAAAUAUACAGGUGACCUUAUUAAAACAAUUAUCUGGUAUAGGGCAUCAUGGCAAAUCUGAUUCAACUGAUGUGAAAGCUUCAUCUAAUCUUACAGAUGUCAUAGAAGAUGAUGAUGCAAAUCCUGUACUAACUUCAGAAUAUUUGAGAGCACAACAUGCCGAGCUUUUAGCUGGUCCUGUUCAAUUAGUAUCCGGACUCGAUCUGUCUGGACAAGGAGGAGUGGUUACUUUAACAAGCCCAGCUCUUAUUAAGUAUAGAAGUCGGACGUUACUUAUUCAUGUGAAAACCAUGUUCCAUCCAGUACACCAAGAUCAAGACGUUAUUAGAGAUGGUGUUAAUCUGUUUGGUAAUGUAACUAGUUCCACCCAACGCAAUGAAGGUAGCAAUGGCUGUGGCAAAGGACAAAAUUACCUUGGCUGUGAUUGGUUACAUGAAGUCUCUGUUUCUGUUAGAUGCUGCAAAGCAGCAACAAUUCCUCAUGCCCGCUUACAAAGAGCAGCUAUGCUGGAUUCAGAUACACUAUUACAGAAUUUACUAUAUGCAGCUACAGCUAGUGAAUCAAAACCAGGACAGGGUGGUAUUAUAAAACCAGUAAAUACUAGACUUGUUAGAUCUUUAUCAUUAGAUACUAUCAGUUGGAUAGUAAAUAUUCGAAUGAUGCGUAACAGGUUGCCAGAUGCCGGGAAAAAGCAAGGAGAUUGUGCAAAAAUUGUUCAAGCAGCUUUAGAUGGCUUAAUAAAUGUGUCUCUGCUUUCGUGUGGUCGAUCAGAAGCCAGAAAAUGUGUCAAGUUGCUUUUAGUUUGUAGCAAUGGAGUUUCAGACUUACCACCAGAUGCACCAAUAGUACCAUUCGAUCAGACUUUAUUGCGUGUGUUGUUAAAGACAAUGCUAAAUGGACUACCACAGGUUAAAACUGCAUCGGCAUUGCGUUGGUAUUGUCUCUUAUUGAUUAGAUUUGCAGGUGCGGAGAAUCGUGGUCCGCUCGCAGUUGUUGAACGCUGCUUAAGACUUUUACGCAAAGCAGCGAUUGAGCGAAGUAAACGCAGAUGUCCGUAUACUGAUUUGCUAAGAGCGCGAUUUGGAUUAAAUGGAAUGCCUUUUGAUUCUGAUGUUUUUGAUGGAGAGUUGCCCCAACAAAUUCAACAGCGAGGCCUCGACUCUAUGCUUGGAAAUAGAAAGCCAAAAGCGGUAUCAGAUUUAGCAGACAUGGCAGCUAAACCUAUUCCCUGCACAAAAGGAUUACGUGGUUUAGGAGAAGUGCAACCUUUGCACUUUAUUUGUAACUCUGCUUCUGAAGGUACAAAAUUAGAAAGACUGCAAAAUAGUGGUACCAAUACAUGUUUCAAUUUCGAUGGUACACAUAAUAUAUUAUUCAAACAGUUUGAUCCAAAGGAUGUCAAAGAGGACCAAAUAUUAGAAUCCUCGGCAUUAUCUAUGAACUGCAAGCUAGGUAAACUAUUACUAUCAGUGGAGAAAGAAUUAGCAAAAGCUAAAUCAACAUUAGGUCACAAAGAUAUUGACAUGGAAGUAUCUGAUUAUCAACCAGAUGUUGAUGUUGCUGAAGAUAUGUCUGUUGAUGCUGAUGAUACCAAAUCAAAUACUUUCUCACAAUACUUGCAACAUAUGUCUCAACUUGACACAACUCAAUCAUGGUCGCCAGCUUCCCAAGCUACUACUAUUGGCUCACAGAAUACUGAUUAUUCACAGAAUGGUGAUGAGUACAUUUUACCUUGGUCUCGUCUGUUAACUCCACCUGGUCAACAAGCAAUUGUCAUUGCCAGAAUGCAUUCUUGUGCAAGGAGAUUUGUUAUCUUAGAUUUUGGACGACCGGUUUUAUUGACAGACUUGGCUAUCCCAUCAUGCAAUGAACUGAUGUCAUUGACAUUAGAUUACUGGAUAACUAGUGAAGAUGGUGAAAGCAUCAGAUUAGUUAUGGCUUCUGAUAUCGGCACUAGGACACUUGUUAUGAAAGAUUUACAACCUGCACCUGUUUUACGUUUUUUGAAGCUGACAAUGAUUGGUCGGUAUGGCAUGACAGCAACCAGUGUCAAAUUAUCAGCUGGUAGAUAUUACGGUCACAGCACAGUUUUAGAAGCUGAUGCCUAUUGCGAAAGUCCAGCAGGUCUGUCCAGCACAUCAGUAGUAACUACUUCUGAAAGGGCGCGAACACAGUUAGCAUCUUUAAACUCCUUAUAUGAGGAUACAGCAUGCAGGUAUCGUUCAGCUUGUUGCAAUUUGAGAUCUAUUUUGAGGCCAUUGAUGGGCCUUGCUCCAUCUUUAGCUGAAAAAUGCGCUGACGGGGAAGAUGACAAAGUUAUGAUGGCUUAUCAGGAAUGCAUAUCACUCCAGCAACAGUUAAGUGUUCUUCAAUCUGUGACCUUACGUUUGCAAGAAGCGUGCAAUGAGCAAAGUACAGAGCAGCAGAUAAUUAAAACUGAAGAAUAUAUUUCACAUAACGCCAUAAGUUCUAGUGAAUUUGACUUGGCUGCUGCUAGUUCUGAUAAAUUAAGGGUUCUGUGCGAAAGUUUGGUGGUUGUUUACCUGCGCUUACUUCAAAAAGCUAGUCCCAAGAUGGCUUGUAAUCUGGCGCGAUUCAUAGACCAAGAGGCAUGCUCAGAGCUGUUCUCUACACUAGUUGUGCAUGGUGACUCUGCACAGAUAUCUUGUUGUGCCCUUCUAAGUACGGCAUGCAGUAAUAGAACUUGGUGGGGCACGUUUUUGGCUGAUUCGUUGAAAACAUUAUAUUCAUCUUCUUGUACACAAUUAUUCCCGAAAGAGCGGGUUUUUCUACUUUUAACACACCUUGGGCGUCGUGGUAACCCUCGAAGUCGUGUUUUGGAUGCAGCACUACUUGCUCUUCUUCAAUUGCUUGCUCCUAUUGCCCCCAUCAACCAAUCUGCAGCAGGUGCAAGAGCUGAUCAACAUCAGCAAGUUCAUGAAGAUGAGCUGAGUCCACUCAGUGCAAAAAUUGAUUUAUCUCUACUUUCUUGGUUUUUGUUGUAUUUAUCAGCUAGCUUGGAUGAUGGAAAAGAAGUUAAUAGUUCCCGAUGGGAAUUCAUGUCGGGUCAAACUUGUACACAACGAACUCGAUCAGAAUCUGAGCGCAAUCAAGAGAGGACUGGUGCUACCAGAGUGUAUCGCCGCAAAUUACAAAAACGUCUUAUGCAUCACAAAAUCCAACUUGACGAUUUAGAGUCUGCCAAAAAAGCAUUUCAAGCUUCAUCACAGGCUUUCUCAAAUUUAUCAUCACAAGCUUCAAACUUAUCUGCCAAAUUAGAUGCCGCACUAAAACAACAAGAAAACGUUCUCAAGAAAUCUUUGAAGCUACAUGCCCAAAAAUAUCCAUUCAAGACCCCAUCAUUGCAUCAGCAAUCAUCUACAGAUGCUGGAGAGACGUUUCAUAAUAACAAUAAUAACAACAGUACACCUGGUGGAUCUUCAUCUGCUCCGGCAGCACCAUCUGACAACAUAACAUCAUCCACUGAUGUUUCAGCACCACCUCUCGAUAUGUCACCUCCUGAUCCUCUGCAUUGCUUGGCAGUAUGCAGAGCAUUGCUUGCAUUAUUACUUAGAUUUGAUUCUACUUGUGGAGCAGACAUUUUCUUGUUGACUUGCAAGGUCUUGGCAAAACUGGUUACGAGUUGCAGACCAGCUAUAACAUUAGGACAAUUGGCUACUUCUCAUCAAUUGCAACUUUUGAUAAGACGUAGCGUCUGGACCGAUGGCAGGCGGCCGCAGUGGGCUGGACCUUGGGCACAGCAUGCAGCAACUUGUCUACUGCAAGACUUGGUAGAAACUGAAACCAAAAAGGAAUUAUCUGAAACAAUGUCUAGCCGAAAUGACAGUUCUGCAGAGUUUAGUGUCAGAUUUUCUGAUUCAAUACGAGCGUGCCAUACUGCACCUCUUUCGAAUCUUGAUAUAAUGUCAAUGGAUGAGCCAGAAGAUGAAGCAAAUGGACCUCUUGUCGGUAAGGGUCAGCUACCCUCUCUCAUAGAAUCUGACGAUUCUGAACUAGAGGAAUUUUUGGAUGAUGUCAUGGAUCGUGGAAGGAACUUGUUGCGACGUAGUGAGCAGUCGUCACGAAAUUACAUCAUACCUAGUUCGAGUGUAUCAAUCGCCUUGGAUGCACGACUCGAAGGUGGACUAGACUCAUCAAGCGAACUGAUGUUGCGAAGACUAAAAUUAUCAGCUUUGACAAAAUCAGUAACACCAUCCUCUCCAUCCUCACCAAGCACCAAUUCUAGUGAAAGCCCGGUUAGUAUAGGCACACCGAGUUCUCUUUCGCCCGAAGAUCAUGUACAGUUAAUGAAUUGGAUUGCUUGGCCCGACAUAUAUUCAGAUCCGGUACCAAGUGCUCCAACUUUACUCUCGCCUUGCUUUGAUGCAUUAUUCACUGAUCUACACAUGCAGACCGGUGCUAAUUUGGAGGCAUUGUUACGUCUUUGGACAGCUAUUAAUGACCAAGCUCGUUGUAAAAUUUUGCUCAACCUGACUUCUCUUCAGAAGCUGGUUUCAGCUUUGGCAUGGUUGGAUGCUAUUCCGUUACGUGCAUGGUCCUUGGGUUUUCAAUGCUUGUCUGCUGGAGUCUUGUUAACAGAUGUUUUAGGGGGACAAUUAAUUCCAAAAGAAGCAGCAGCUAAUCUUCUUGAUGAAUCAGAUUUUAGAGCCAUGAUAGUUAGAUUUUUAUCUGGAGAUGGCGAUAGCACUUGUCAGGCCGGACCAACAGCUUGUCAGGCAAUGUACAAAUGCCUAUUAAGAUUGAAAUCUCGGUGUGAAGAUGACUCACAUUUUCGAAAUGCAAUGUUGAGAGUUUUGUUGCGAUUGCUACGACCUGGGCAACCAGUGGCAUUACAACAGGGACCACAAGAUGCUCAGGCCAGAUUUGUACAUGGCUUGCUUCAUGCUGGUUACGAGAGAUGCGAUCUUGCUACUGCCAUGACUGUCAUAGAGAGUAUAGGUGCAUUGGUUGCUGCUCACACUGCGCGUUGUGAGCGUGUUCGGUGCCGCAGCAUAGCAGAUGGUUCAUUAUCAUCUUCCGCUUUUGCAUCUUCUGGGUUUACAAGUAGUAGUUGCUUUGGAAGCCUGUUUGCUUCUGUCUUGGAUACUGGCUCAUCUAGUAACACGUCUUCUCAACAGUCUGGAUCAAAGGUCAAAAAUGAUACAGCAAUUGCUAGUGCUCAUGGAACUGGCAAAAAUGCCAAUACUGAGGCAUUGCUGGUUGCCUUACUAAGACUUGCAAAUAGAUUAGUUUGUACUCCACUAACAUCUACAGUCAGUACAGAUGUCACACAACAAGAGCCCAUGGACACCAGCGAAGAACAAACUGAUGAACGCAAAGCUGAGCGUUUAUCUUAUGUGCCACAAUCAUCCAGUGUAACUCAAAUCACUUCUAGUCAAUCACAGCCUUUAUUGGCAGAUACUGUUUUGAGACACAGUCCUACUACAGCAAGGCUUUUACGCUCCUUGUGUAGUAGAGGUUCUGGUUUAGUGCGUCCUAGCCUUAUUCAUACACAACUAGCUUCAAGUGUAGCUGAUGGGCAAAUCAAUGAACCAGAACCAAGAGGCGUGGCAGAUGCUUUAUAUGUUCUUCUUGAUACAAUGGUUAGAGUUGCUAGUGAUCAAUCUCUAGUUGCGAAACCUUUAUAUGACUUCAUAUUUGAUUGUGUUCAUGGAGGUGGCAAUUCCCCUAAAUUAAGACUGACUGUGCCUCUUCUAACAUUACUUCAACGUGCUCUGACAUCACCUGAAGCUGUUCGUUGCUUUGCAAGUCUUGGGGGAAUAAGCGUAGUAUGUGAGGGUCUAGUUAGAUGUCAGAAAGGUUUGGUGAGUGAUAGACCUGGACGCGUGUCAUCGGUCAUGAUGUGUUUAGGACGCAGAGAUGCAGAAUGUACUAAAGGUGAAGAACGUUUGGAAAAUUUGGCAACCUUGGCUCGCAUAAGUCCAAUGAAUGGAGCCGCGCAGGCCGCUGACGCCCUUUUGCAGCCUGCGCACCGUCGUGCGCGUACGCCUGCAUGGACAUAUCACUUCUAUCGAGAUGAAGCGCAUGCAGAACUUUUGAUAACAUUACCAGCAGCAGCUUUGCUGCGUGAGAUUCAUGUGCAACCACAUUUGACCACUCUAGCAACUUGUCCCUCAGCCAUUGCUAUAGAGAUAUCACCAGAUAAAAAGACUCCUCUCACACCGGUAUGUCCUCCAAUGCCUUGUUCUGGUAUGACUCUUAUCAGACUGCAGCUGCCUACUCCAGAAGUUGCAUCAAGGGUAUUGAUUCGUUUAUACAGACCUCGUGAUAAUCCUAAUAUCGGAUUGACUCAAAUUCGUCUACUAGGUUGUUCCGUAUUUAAUGAAACUGGAAAUUUUGGAUACGGUAUUGACAGUAUAGAUGAAGAACAUGGUUAUGGUUAUAGCAGUGGCUGGUUGAGUUUGCUGCAGCAAUGCCUGAGCGUUGAAGAUCCUACACAGCUGAAGAAUUAUAUUACGCAGUCAGCACUUGUACCUGGUUUAUUAAGAGCUUGUUGCACUUUGCUCAUUGCACCAUCUACAUGUCAUAAACUGGCUAACAACUUGUUAUUGAAGCUUACUAUGAAUGACCAUUCAUUAGGAUUAAAAAUCAUAAACAUAUUACUUAAGGAUGGAUCUGAAAUUGAUCAUGCAUGUAUCGAUCCAACUGCCGCGGGGGGCGUAGCAGAUCACAUUGCAGAACUUCUUGGAGCUCUUUGUUCCACUCGCCCCUUUGGAAGUGACGCGCCUAUCACUCUGGAGCAGGCGAUUACAGCUAAGGGACGUACUGCUGCGGCUUUGGAAUGGUUGCAGCAUGCUGGUGAAUCGGCGUUACGACGUGAUUCUAUAAAAUUGCCUUGUGCUUGCUGCGUUUAUGAAAUAGCUGCUGUAUUGUGGUCUGAGCAAGCUGAUGAAUAUAAGGAAUUAUAUGGUACGCUAAUAACGCGUGGCUUAUUAUUGACUAUUCAUCGUUGGACUCGUUUGCUGCCUGCGCACUCUUCUUUGAAGCAGGCUUUAGAUGCUGUAUUGUGUGGUGCCUGCAGACAGCGAUCUGAUUUACUGCAUGUUCUACUUCGAGAUUCUGGAGCAGCAAGAAGAGAUCCAAAUGCUGCUUGUGUUUCAGAUGAUAGUAAAGACGGGUUAGGCUUAACAGAUGAUUCCAAACAUAAAAUGGGUUCUGAUUAUGAAUCAGAUAGUGAAUUAUCUAAUUCAACACCACUUGCUGCACAAGAUUCAACUCAAUUACAUUUAGAUGAUGGGCAAUUAGAAACAUUAGCAUUGGUAUGCCAAAGCAAAGCUGGUGUAAAAAUGCUUUUUGAUUCAGGACUACUUAGGAUUCUUAUUGAGUCUAUUUUAGUUUUUGUUAAUCAGUAUAAAACCAAAGAGCAGUUAUCAUCACUUACCGAUUCUGAUAAAGCAAGUUCAACAAAUAAUGCACCAAUGGCUACAUCAAAUGGUGUCACAGCAAUUUUAAAUUUUUUGGCUGAACUUUCUGCCGAAAAAGCGAUUAGUGAUUGGCUCGGAAGCAGUGAGGGUUCUGCAUUUUGGAAUCCGUUAUUGAUGUUACUUUGCUGUAAUAAUGACCAAUUGAACUCUGUACAAAGUAGUAAAUUGGAAGCAGCAUGUGUGAAUUUUUUGAGUAGAGUGAUUGCUUGUAAUUCAGACAAUCAAAAAACUUUAUCAACUGUGUUAUGUCAAAUUAUCUCUGCCCAAAAUGUUCCUUCCAGAGAUUCUCCAUAUUCUGGAGGUGUAUCAGGAUUUACUCGUCGACUAGUGCUUCAGUUACUGUUACGCAGUGAACGUGUAUUAGUGGCAGUUGAAUGCGUUGGAGAUAUUAUUCCAAAACCUGGUCCUGCUACAUCACCAACUUUGUGCAUGCAUCCUGCAUUGAGACCACGAGCAGGUGUACAGAUGUUGAUUAUGCCUGCACAUGCUAAACUACAAGACCUUUCUGGAUACUAUGCAUCUUCAGCAUUAUGUCCUGGUGUAAGUCUACCAAGUGGCUCUGCAAGAGAUUCUAGAAGAGAACUUUGGGAAUGCAGUUUAAAAUCAAGUGAUCAAGUCACCACACGGGAUAAACGCAGCAAAGAAGCUAAAAAUUAUGCUAGUAGAAACUCUAAAAGAUCAUGCACUAAUGAUAUUGCAUCAGAUUCCAAGAUACAAGAUUCAACAUUACGCAUUUGGCACCCAUUGCUGCCAAAAUCCUUACCCGGAUCUUUGACUUUGUCACAGUUGUUAAAUGGUUUAAAGUCUCGAAGUAUUUCACCUUCAGAGUGCCAGUCAGCUAUGUUAGAUAUCAAAAUCACUACUGCUAACACAAGUAAAGCAUGUGAUGAAGAGCAGUGGCUAUUAGAAAUACCAAAUCUGGUUUCUCCAAUUGAGGUAUUUUCCUCACUUGCUGGACUAUCUCUAUUAGCUCAGCGUUUACCUGUAGUUCCAGUUAUGUCUCAUAGAAGUUUUUCUAUUGAUAUUGCUGGGCCUACACAGUCCGAUAAAAUGUCUUCUGAAGCUCAAGACUGGAUGGAUCUUGCUGAGUGGGUAAAGGUCGAAACUGGUGAAGAUGUAUAUUGUGACGAUGUACCAGUAACUACGCUCGCCGACGAUGCUCCAGUUUGCUCUACUCCACCUCCUGCAUCUCAACAAUCAGUCACAAGUAACAAUAAGAAGAUCACAGCGAAUUCGGGCGCGAUUCCGGUGCAGCAGGCUCCCACUUUAAUGUCGGCAAUACCAGCACAUGCGCUUGCCGCAUUUGCGCUUUUCUUGAGGCUUCCAGGCUAUGCUGAAGUGUUGUUGGUAGAUAGGCUACCGGCGCAGUGCUUGCUUCGUUUGAUGUUAGGUGCUACUGACGAUGGAGAAGGAAAUGAUAUAUUCUCGUUACCUGUGGCCGGAGUUUUACCUACCUUGCCAUUCUGUGUUCUUAGACGACUUUUAGAUGCUACUCCACUUACAACAGAUGAUGGCUUAUUACUAAGACUAAAUUUUGUUGAUGUUGGAGCUUUGCAUUUAAUCUUGGGUUGUCUUGCGGUGUUUACACAUCACACUUCGCAAGAGCUCUAUGGAAAUGAAUCGGCUGAUCUUACGACAUUGAAUAAUGGUGCACCGGUAACUUCUCAACCUCAGUCUACUACUGACAAGGGUCUGUAUUGGGCUAAAGGAACUGGGUUUGGAACAGGGUCUACUCAGCAAUCUUGGAAUGUAGAACAGGCUCUUGCUAGACAGAAAGGGGAAGAACUUCAUGUUACCUCAUUGCUUCAGGCCUUAUCAGCUUUUAUCAAUCCUGGCGAUCAAAAGGGUAACGCGGAAAAACCAGUGAUAAUACCAGAUGCAGUAGAACUGAUGCCACUUCUAAAAGAUGCGCUCAAAAAAUCUUGUUUGCUUCCUGCUAUAUCUUCAUAUUUGAGAAACGACUCUGUUUUGGAUAUGGCCCGUCAUGUUCCUUUGUACUUAGCAGUAUUACAAUUACUUAGAGCGUUUGCUCAAAGUAAUCAAUUAGCAAUGCUUCUAAUACCAACUUUAAACACUGAGGAUACUACACCAAUUUCCUGUUUGCUAAGCACUAUGAAACAAUGUGUUGACACAUAUGCUAUGAGACUUAAAUCUAAUAGUAGAGCAACAGGUAAAAUUCCAAAUCAAAGAAGCCAUUCAAAAUUGCAUACUCAGCUUGAUGAAGAAGAUGAAGAUGACGAAGGCUUAGCAACUCUCAUACCAGAAAUACAAGAAACGGCUUUAUUAGUAGAGACUGCAAUUCAACGAUUGAAAGCUGAAGGUCAAAGUGAUAAUAUAGCAGAUUCAGAAAGUAUAUCUGGAAUUUCCAUAGAAAAGACAAUUACAUUAUCCUUAGAAGAGAGAUAUUUGCAAGUUAUGAAGAAAUUGCAAUUUGAUACUUACGAAAUGAUGGUGGAAAAUACUGGAUCAAUGUCUGGCGGAACUGGUUUUCGAUUUACAGUCCCCUAUCAUUAUGAAAAUAGUGUUCGAGCUAUGGGCUUCAGAUGUUGUCAUCCUGGGAGAGUUAAACGUUUGGCUCAAGAAGCAGUUACUUUGUCAACAAGUUUACCAUUAUCUUAUAGUAGUUCUGUUUUUGUUCGCUGUGAUACUGAUCGUUUAGAUGUUAUGAAAGUUUUAAUAACUGGACCAGCUGAGACUCCAUAUGCCAAUGGCUGUUUCGAAUUUGAUGUCUUUUUCCCACCGGAUUAUCCUGCUAGUCCUAUGCAUGUGCAUUUAGAAACCACUGGUAGACAAAGUGUUCGUUUUAAUCCCAAUCUUUAUAACGAUGGAAAAGUCUGUCUGUCUGUGCUCAACACAUGGCAUGGGAGACCUGAAGAAAAAUGGAAUUCACAAACAUCAAGUUUCUUACAGGUACUAGUAUCAAUACAAUCUUUAAUCCUUGUUCCGGAACCAUACUUCAAUGAACCAGGUUAUGAGAGAUGCCGCGGUACCCCUAGCGGCGCAAAUAGUUCUCGUGAAUAUAAUGCCAACAUAUACCAAGCUUGUGUUCGAUGGGCAAUGCUUGAGCAAUUAAGGCAACCUUGUGCAUGUUUCAAAGAUGUUAUUCAAACACACUUUUGGAUGAAAAGGCAUGAAAUAGCAAUUCAGGUUGAAGGGUGGAUAUCAGAAUUAGAAUCUCAAAGUACUGAAAGGAGAACGGGAAGAGUGGCUUCAUUAAAUGCAGUAACACUAAAGCGCUAUUAUAAGUUACUAAGAGAGGAAUUGUCUAAACUUCCUGUGCCCGAAGGAAUGUGCGAAUUAGACCAGCCGCCAUUCAGUGCUGACACAUCGCCAACAACUCCAACAGCACCUCAACUUCGACAGUUACUAAAUACAUUAAAUCCAAAUCAGCAAACAGACCCUUGGACAUCUGGUGUUGCAUACCAUUCAUCUUUGUCCGCUCAGCCUGACCUUGUGCAAGACGUACUAACAACUGAAGCAACAGAUACAGAUGUUGAAAUGGAAAAAAUUGUAUCAGAUGUUCUAUGUGACUAGAGCUUGAUUUGAGUUUAUCAUAGAAGUGUUAAUGAAACUAUAUUUAUUAAUGGUUUUAUAUAUGAAUGGAUCCAAAAUAACAGGUGUUAGCCAAAGAGCAUUUAGUUUCUCAGAAUAGAAUUGUUAAUUUAGAUUAUCAUUUGUACAGUUUCAUGAGAAGU